AUAAAAAAAAUUAUUUUGAUUUUGACUUCGUUAAAGUGGCGACACUGAUGGGUGACACUGGCGCUGUCAUAAUGUAAAUAUUGUGAUUACAAAAAUCAAAUUCGCAAAAAAUGACUUUCAACGGCGAUUCGGACCUUGAAAUUAAGGUCCGGAAAGCCACAGAACGAAUUUCGGAAAAUAUGCAUAUUGUGGCAAAUGAGCCCUCGUUGGCGUUUUACCGUCUCCAGGAACAUGUCAGAAAGGCGCUAAAUCCUAUGGUAGAUAGAAGAGUUGACGUUAAUAAUUUGCACCAAGAGCUGCAAGGGCAUUGCUAUGAUAUUGAGUAUGCAGUCACUGCCCUCAAAGCGAUGAGCACAGCUGAGGAGAGCUUCAAAAAUAUACAGGAUAAUCUAAAAAAUGCGAUUUUUCUCAAACAACAGUUGAAAUAUGAAGAGUCGCGUAAAAAAAAGUCGGAUGGUAACUCAGUCUAUAAGCGGCUGUCUGCUCACAUCACCCUUGAUCUGCCAGAACUGCCAGAAUUGUCCGAUGUGGUUAGAGAGACAGCGAAUAGGGUUGAAAGCAUGAUGUCAAAAGCCACACACUCAUCAAAUUAGUGUUCAAUGUAUUAUUUGUUAAUAAAGUUGAAAAAGUU